AUGUGGGAGAUUAUUUCAGUCAUAGAGGAGAAGAAACCGGGUGACACGGACAGGCCAUUUCCCGUGCUGCGCCGCCUCGAUCUCGACCUCCCCGCCUGCUCGCCUCUCGUCCUGCGCUUCGUCUCCUGCCUCUCUGCCCAGCUUCAAAAUCUCUCACUCGGCGCUGCAGAUCAUUUCGCGGCCCAGGAGGGCAGAGAGGGUGCUGAAAGCGGUGACAACGCGGAAGGGCGGAGGGGGCAUGAGGGGGACAUGGAUGUACGAGAUUCGUACUCUCUUCACCUCCCGCUAGCCACUAAUGUCAGAUUCCAUGGGAUCAAGUGCUCCAUUUCCCUCUCCGCCCCUCGUCUCUCCACUCUCAGAUUCCUCUGGAAGUCCCGCCGCUCCCGCCUGCACCUGCUCCCCACCUGCCCCGCGCACCUGACAUCCCUCUUCCUUCGCAGCGACCGGCCCUCCCAGUGGCCGCUGCACGCGCCUCACCUCACCUCGCUUGAAUCCCUCUGCACCAACAUGCAGCCAGAGCAGGCUGCUUCUUUCCCUCCCGGUGUACUGGCGACAGUAAAGGCCCUUGAGUGGAGGGAACUUGUGGUUUUCCCGUUGGACCUGCGUGCUUGGCACGGCCUGCGUUGCUUCCAUGCCGUGUUGCCGGACCCUGCGCCUCUGUUACUGCUCCGCUCGGGAUACCGAUCGCUAGAGAAGAGCAUUAGCAGGAUGGCGUCGAGGAAAAAUAGGUUAUGUGAGCAGGAGGAGGAGGAAGUAGGAGGGGUGGGAGUGGAGGCUGAGCAAGGGGAGGAGGAGGAACGAGUGGAGGAGGAGCCGUCCUUCAUCACCCCUCCGCCCGUGGCGGAGAUUAGUUCCGCGGACCUGAGCGCCGUACCCGCCGACGUGUGGGUGCGCAUCGCAAAUGCAGCGGCGGAGAGAGAAGAGUGCUACUGCUCGUGGCCGCUCGUGCCGUGCGCCAUCGCCUUGCCGUGCGUGCGACGCGCACUAUCGGCGAGCAACGAACCUCUUUACUUCGAAGAAGAUUGUCAGUGUCCCCCCUCCGCCGUCUCCCUCGCUCAGCGAAUCCGCAGCUUCGCAUGGCUGACCAAGCAGCACCAAAGCCCUUCGCAGUUCAACUUCUCUCUCGUUGAAGCGCCUCCCCGCCUCGUUUCCUCCUUCAUGCGCUCCUGCCUGUUCCCUUCCAUCUCCUCCAUCACCUCUCUCGAUCUCUACUUUCCCCGAAGCCUCCCCUCCCAUCCGCGCCUCCUCUUCUCCCUCUCGCAAGCGCCGCGCCUCGAGUCGCUUUUUAUUCAGCAUUGCGAUGUGGCGGACAGCGAGAGCGCGGCUCCAAUUCACCAGUGCAAUGAUCCCGUGAUGGUGGCGGAAAUGUGGGAAAUGGUUUCAAUCAUGGAGGAGAAGAACCCGGAUGACACAGCCAGGCUGUUUCCCGUGUUGCGCCGCCUCAGUCUCUCCCUCUCCGCGUGCUCUCCUCUCGUCCUCCGCUUCGUCGCCUGCCUCUCCUCACAGCUUCACUCUCUUCAUCUCGCGGCUGACGAUCAGUUCGCGGCACAGGAGGUCGAAGAGGGCGCUGUAAGCGGCGAGAACGCGCGAGAGAGGGACGUGGACGGACGAACGUCCUUCUCACUUGACCUCCCGGCAGCCACUGACGUCAGACUCAACGGGCUCAACUGCUCUAUCUCGCUUUCCGCACCUCGUCUCUCCGACCUCGGUUUUGAAUGGCAGUCCCGCGAUUCCCGCCUGCUCCUGCUCCCCACCUGCCCCGGGCACCUGACAUCUCUCUUCCUUAGCACCGACCCGACCUGUCCCUGGGCGUUUCACGCGCCUCACCUCACCUCGCUUCACUCCCUCCGCACCGACAUGGAUGCAGAGCAGGCGUCAUUCCUCCCGGCGGGUGCGCUUGAGACUGUCAAGGCCCUUGACUGGAGGAACGUUGGGGAUUCGGUGGACCUGAGUGCUUGGCACAGCCUGCGUUGUUUCCACGCUGUGGACUGCCCCCCUGUAUCUCUGUCGGUGCUUCGCUCCAGUGUGCUCUGGCCUUGUAGCUUGGAGGGGUUGUUUAUCACCAGCAUUGGGAGUGACGUUGUGGAAUUUCUAGAGAGUGAACUGAGGGGGGUCGAUGCGGGAGGAAGCUUGGGAAGGAGGCAUGGAGGGCAUCGCUCGUCAAGAAGCCGAGCAUCUGUCGCAUCCGUCGCGUCGGUCUCGUCUGCGUAA